AAAAAAGAAAUCAGGGGAAAAAAGGUAAUCUGCAGAACAUUCUUCGUCUUCCUCCGUCAUUUGAAGCUCAACAAGGGAGAAAGAACUUUUGAAGUUUGAACUCUCUCGAUUCUCAACCUCUUUGAUUUUUUUGACCCUUGAUCUCUUCUUCCACCAUCACCAACUCUUUCUAAUCAAAGCUUCUUCCUUAUUUUCCCCCCCUCUUUCUCUGGCCUGUGUUUUCCUCAAAUCUCCAUCGAUUCGGUUCUACUCUGCUCAAUCAACACCAUGGGUGCAAUCAGAGAAGUGGGUUUUCUUCUUCUUCCAAGAUAAGCAACUGGGUCUCUUCUUGAUUCUCUCUUUGUGUAGUUAAAUCAGUUGUGUCAAGCACAAGUCCAAAACAACACUUGUGCUUUGUUUCUUUUGGUGCCUUCAUUGUGUUUGUGUUUUUGCCUGAGUUACUGAAUCUUGUUAUUUUAUUCCUGGUACGAAAAAAAAAACCCUUUGUUGUUAGCAUAGUAUAAGGUAUAGUUUGAUUUUAAAAGGUUAUACUGUUUAGGGGGGUUUCUUUUUUCUUGUUAUGUGAAUUAUGUUCAAGCAGAUAUUUAAACUCCCUAAAAAGUCGUCCAAAAAUUCGGAGAAUCGAGAACACGGUGGUGGAAGCAGCACAAGUGGAAGAAGCCAUGGUGGUGGUGUUGGUUCCAAAAACAAUGAUCUUGUUCCUCCUGGGGGAAGCAAAACUGGGAAUUCUUCAGUGUUGCAGCCCCAACAUCACCCUGCUUUGAAUUCCGGUCAGCACCAUGGGAAUCGGGUUCAAUUGCCGUUGGCCGCAGGCGAAAACCCCAAUGGGAAUUUGAGUGCAUAUGAGGUACCUUUGGCUGCAUUCAGGGAUGUUCCCAAUUCGGAGAAGCCGGGAUUGUUCAUCAAGAAGCUCAGGAUGUGCAGUGUUGUGUUUGACUUUACUGACCCCACGAAGCACCUAAAGGAAAAGGAAAUCAAGAGGCAGGCUUUGGUGGAAUUGGUGGAUUAUGUGACUUCUGCCAAUGCUAAGUUUUCGGAAUCUAUGAUACAAGAGGUUGUUAAAACCGUGUCUGCUAAUAUAUUCAGGACGCUUAGCCCUCAGCCUCGUGAGAACAAGCUUGUUGAUGGUGUUGAUGUGGAGGAGGAGGAGCCUUCGAUGGAUCCUGCGUGGCCUCACUUGCAAAUUGUGUAUGAGCUUUUUCUGAGAUUUGUGGCUUCGCCGGAGCUGGAUGCGAAGUUGGCUAAGAGAUUCAUUGAUCAAUCUUUCAUUUUGAGGCUGCUGGAUUUGUUUGACUCUGAGGAUCCUAGAGAACGUGAAUACUUGAAGAUGACCUUGCAUCGCAUCUACGGGAAGUUCAUGGCGCAUCGCCCUUUCAUCAGGAAAUCCAUCAAUAAUAUCUUUUACAAUUUUAUUUUUGAAUCCGAGAAGCAUAAUGGGAUUGCUGAGUUCUUGGAAAUUCUGGGGAGCAUCAUUAAUGGUUUUGCGCUGCCAUUGAAAGAAGAGCAUAAAUUGUUUCUUGUUCGUGUGUUGAUUCCCCUGCACAAACCGAAGUGCUUAGCAAUGUAUCAUCAGCAGUUAUCUUAUUGCAUUACUCAAUUUGUGGAGAAAGAUUGCAAGCUUGCUGAUACUAUUAUUAGGGGACUAUUGAAGUACUGGCCGAUAACCAAUAGUUCCAAGGAAGUUAUGUUCCUGAGUGAAUUAGAAGAGGUUCUAGAAGCAACUCAACCUCCAGAGUUCCAGCGUUGUAUGAUGCCAUUAUUUCGCCGCAUCGCCCAUUGUUUAAAUAGCCCCCAUUUUCAGGUGGCCGAGAGAGCUUUGUUCUUAUGGAACAACGAUCACAUCGUGAACUUAAUCAAACAAAACCGCAAAGUGAUACUGCCCAUCAUCUUCCCGGCGUUGGAGCGAAACGCUAGAAGCCACUGGAAUCAGGCUGUCCAUAGUUUGACGUUAAACGUGCGGAAGAUAUUCAAUGAUCUUGAUCCUGACUUGUCGAAAGAAUGCUUACAGAAGUUUGAGGAGGAUAUAUUGAAGGAAGACGCAGUCACGGCAGGGCGUGAGGCCACGUGGAAACGGUUAGAGGAGCUUGCCGCGAAGAAAGCUGCGAGCAACGAAUCAGUGCUUGUUGGUAAGGUCGCGGCUAUGCAGGUUAGAUAGAAGGCAGAAGGUGUAUUAUUCUCAAAUAACCUCCAUUUUUUUCGGGAAAAAAAAAGGAAUGUCAUAGUAUUGUUUUCUUAAUUUUGCAUGUGAUGGUUUGGCCAAGAAGGGGCAAUUUCUAGAACA